AUGGGGAUUAUUACCGGAAUACUGUACUUUGUCCGAGAGGUUGAGUUAAAAGUUGAUGAGAAUCGAGAUUCAUUACCACUUUUACCCCUCGAAGAGUCUUUUCCCGUUGCUUUCAUUCUUAAUCCUCCUGUUUCUGUUGGUGGUGCCUCUGGUGCUUCUGGAGGUGCCUCUGGUGUUUCUGGAGGUGCCUCUGGUGUUUCUAGAGGUGUCUCUGGUGCUUCUGGAGGUACCUCUGGUGCUUCUGGAGGUGCCUCUGGUGCUUCUGGAGGUGCCUCUGGUGCUUCUGGAGGUGCUUCCGGUGGUGCCUCUGGUGCUUCUGGAGGUGCUUCCGGUGGUCCCUCUGGUGCUUCCGGUGGUGCUUCUAGAGGUGCUUCCGGUGGUCCCGUUGGUGCUUCCGGUGGUGCUUCUGGAGGUGCCUCUGGAGCUUCCGGUGGUGCUUCUAGGUCUGGUACUUCAGUUGUCCUUCUAAAAUAA